UGCAUGAAUUGACAGCUUUUUUUUUUUUGUUCUCAGACGUUGUAUUGUAUUUUUCCAGCAUGAUGGAUGAGACUACGACUGAGAAAGAGCUUAUAUCAACCGGCGAGCCAUUUCUUGUAUAUACAACUGAAGAAUACCAGACUCUAUCCCCUGCCACACUUGAUACCGCCACUGAAACAGGCAAUGAAGUCACUGAAUCCUCUGAUGUUUUUGGAUCAGACGUGAUCACUAUCCUGAUAUAUGCGGCUCCUGCAAUUAUUCUAGUCCUGCUGAUACCCAUCAUUAUUUUAAUUGUACAGCGCAAAAGACGAAAAAAACAGCAAGAGGCAAUUUUAGAUGUGCCAGCCGAUAAAAAGGAUUUAAAAAGUCCUAUCUUUGAAGAGGAUACUCCAUCAGUAAUGGAGAUUGAGAUGGAUGAUCUUGACAAAUGGAUGAGCAACAUGAAAAACAGUUGUCGCUUGUCUGCCCUUGAAGAAGAAAACAAAUUUCACACAAGGAACAGUGCAUUGUUCAGUGUGGAACCAUCAGACGCCCGGUUGUCAGGAUUCAGUUUCCAGGAUACACAUGGAGAGACCUGAUGCUUAUUCAUGAAGCCUAUCCUUCUUCACUGUUCUGCGACUGCAAGUGGAUGUGAUCUCAAGAUAUGACAUCUCCGAAGUUACAUAUCAUUUUUUAAAAUAAAUUUUUGUUAUAUUUUUACAACUAAUGCCACAUGAAAUGCAAGAACAAUCAACAGAUAACGGUCUUAUCUCGGACCACCCUAUUAACUACAGUGCUGCUUGCCUAGUACAGUUGCCGCUGAGCUCAGGUCAAUAAUUUGCAUCCAGUGGCCGACUGGCCAUAGACCCUGGAGAAAAAUUUCCCAGUGGGCCGAUACCCAUGGGGCCACAGAGCCCUCCUUACUGCCUCUGGCCACUCCAGGCACAUAAUGAUCUGAUGCUCUCAAUAUUAAUUAACGCUGUAUUGCUGCCCUCGGGAUAGUGAUAUCGUUUAAUAUUGCAGCGGAGUAUGGGAUCCCAUAGCUCUCUACCCCUGUAAUCCUCAUAGGACACAGGCCACUAUAUGAGGCAGUGUACAAAUGAUGCAAGGACGCAGGCUGAAAGGGCCUGUGGUCUGCACCUCAGGAUGGGACUCAGGUAUUUUAUUCAUUUCCUUCUCCCCUUGGCCACUUGGGGAGCAUACUAUUGGGGCACUAUAGGGGCCAUUGCUAUAGGCAGUCCAGGCUUCUGGGGAGGUAUUGUGUGCUGCACUGUGGUAUUUGGUUCUGCUCAGGCAGUAUUUUGUGUUGCCCUGCCUUCUGUCAGUUUGGACCUGCCUACAUCAUGGGGCCAAUUAAUUUUUU